AUGUCAAAUCCUGAAAAUUGCCCAAAUUGUGAUAAUAUCUACGGCAAUGAGCCACGAAAAAUUCCAUGUGGCCAUAUUGUCUGUCAUAAAUGUUGUCUCGACUUGUUUAAUAAAGAAAAUAAUACUCUUAUAUGUCCUGUAUGUGAUAGUAUGCAUACAUUUAAAUCAAAAAAUAUAUUUAAAAAAUCUUUACAACAAGUUGCUCAUUCUGGCUUCGGAAAAAAAUCAGCAAUACGUGAAAUGAGUUUUGCAUCAACAAUGCCAAUGGAAAAAGCAUCUGGAACAGAAAAAGCAGCUAAUAAAGAAGUGAAAAAAGCCGUUGUAAAUCUUCCAACAGUUCCACCAGGUGCUCCACCAGAAACGUCGCCAUCGCAUCUUCCUCCAACACCACCACAAGCAGAGUCUCCUGUUGUUGUUAAUAAACCAUCGCCGCCGCCACUACUACUACCACAACCACCAACGCCGCCGCCUCUUAUGCCAACGAGAGGUACUAUUGUAACAGAUCAUCUAUCGAAAAUCGUAAAACAACAGCCUAUACCGAACAACACACCAUUACCAUCUUUACUUAGUACAAUAGUUACACCACCGCCACCAACACAAUCUAACUCGGAUGCUGUGAUUGCUCGUUGUCAUAGUUGUGCAAAUAAAUGUCAAGUUAUUGUUUGUGAACAUUGUGAUCAUUUUGUAUGUCUUAAAUGUGCUGAAGAACAUCGAACAACAAUGAAAGUCGAUACGCAAGGUUUAAAAAAUAAAUGGCAAGAAUGUAAAAAUAAAUAUAAUAUUUUACUUCAAAAAUUAAAUCAAUAUAAUCGUGAUAAAGUUCAAAUUGAAAGUGAUCUUGCUGCUAUACGAGUUGCCGUUGAACAACGUUCACAUGAUACAAUUCAAUAUAUUAUUGAUCAACGUGAAGCUUUAACGGAUCGCAUUAAUGAACAUAUUGAUAAAGAACAAAAAAUUAAUAGUAUUAAACAUAAUGAUCUUGCUCAUGAAUUUCGUCAAAUACAAAAUCGACUGGAAAGUGCUCUAAAUGGCGAAGAUAUUGGUUCAUAUACUCAGGAUGAUUUCUUACGUGAUAUUCGCGAACUUCAAAAUCGAAUGAAUAAACGUAAUACUUUAAUUGAAACACAUAUUUUACAAAUUCCUACAAUUAGUCGAUAUGAACGAGUACCCAUUGAAAAAUUACUAGGUGAACUUCAUUUUAAUUCUCAUAUGAUGAAUGGCAAUCCUCAUCGAACAAAACCAUCACUAUUCAAUAAUCCAUCCUUUUCACAUCAAAAUGGUUCAUUAGAUUGUCCUUCUAAACUUUCAACAGCAAACAUUCUUAAUCUAUCACCAAGAGUUUCAUCGCCAAUAGUAAAUCCUAUUCCAACACCACCACCAACACAUAAUCAUAUUCCAUCAAUCAAUGAUAUUAGUAAUAUUAAACCGUUAAUGGCGGAUGCAUAUCCAAAUGGUACAACAGAUGCAUUUGAUGAAUUUCGUCGUAUGGCAGCUCAAAUUCAUCAACAAUUCAAUGCACCUUAUAGUAAAGUCAUCAAUGCUGCAUCAUCAAUUCCAUCAUCAACACUAUCCGAUGGAAGUGCAAAUACCGAUGGAGUGGAUAAAAGCUAUAAAAAAUUAUUAAUGAAAACAAAAACAAAAAUUCCUUCGACAAGUUCAUUUUGUCAACAAUGGAAAAUCGAACAUACAGCAGUGCCUAAUUUCUUAUGCAUGACAUCUUCUCCAACACCAAAACUAUUUAUUCUUGACAAAUACGGUAAAGUAUCUGUAUGUAGUAUUCCACCAAAUCGAACAAAACCAUUUGAAACAUUUACAUUGUUUCCAAAUGGUAACGAUGAAUUAAUUGAAUCGGCUGUUGUUUCAUCACGUUUUCUCAUUGUUUAUGCUCGUAAAAAACAAGAUACAAUGACUGGUAAAAUGUAUUUUUUUAAUCAUGAAUGUAAAUCAGUAUUACCAAACGGUAUUUAUCAAAGCAUUCCAGUACAUCAUAUUUUAUGUGAUCAAAAUGCAAAUCGUCUCUAUUGUCUUGAUCGUAUGCGUUGUACAAUCUAUUAUCAUGCAUUACCGAAUAGUUCAAAUGAAAUUGAAGCGUGUAUGAAAACACGUCGUGAUUUUACACAAUUUAAUUCAAAUUAUGCAGCUUUUAAAAUGUUACAAAAUGAUGAUAUUUUAGGAUUUUAUGAACGAAAUGAGUGUACGGUUCAUUUAUAUGAUAAGAAAACAACAGAAAAAAUUGAAGAAUUCAAAUCUGAACACUUUAUGGAUAGAUUUGAAAGUUGGGGUAUUAUCGCUAUUCGAAAAGAUAAUAAUAGCCUCAUAUUCAAAGUCGAUGAACGUAUUGAUCACGAUGCUUCAAAUCGUCAACAUAUUGUUUAUGAAGUAAACCGUUUCUCAAAACAAGUCAUAAGUCAAAUUCAGCUUAGUUCAGUAUUUGGUAUGAUAAUUGGACCAAAUAAUGAAGUUAUAUUGGGUAUUCGUCAAACAAAAGACAAUGGUGUUAUUCAAUGUUAUUUAAGAAAAUAA